GAAACCUGUCAUUUUUAGCGAUGUAGGGGUUUCAAAAAUAAUUGUUACGUUACUUCUGUCUCCUCAUAAGCAUGUUCUCGAGUGGGGGUUACUUCCGCGGAUUCAACUGUCCAUUUUUUGCCAGUGGUCUUUGUGAACGCCCGUAUUGCCACUACCGACAUGUAAAGACGGAGGAAGAAAAACCACAAAGUAAAGCAGCAGCUGGGUACUCUGAUGCACAAUAUGAAGUGAAUUGGAAUCCUGGGAAAAAUUCAAGUGGUUCCUUGGGUGAACAUGUCAAAUUAAACAAGUAUACUGGAGAACCUGAAAUUUCAAUUGAUCCAAAGACAGCAGACAAAGAAACUCCACCAGAAGAAUUUGAGAAUGUCAACAAAUAUACAGGAGAACCAAUCCUUACCCCAGAAACAAAUGAAUAUAUUGUAGAAGUGAAAACUAAUUGUCAAAAUUACAAACCAACAGAUAAAAAAUCUUUGAAGUCUCGGAGACCAAAAUUGAACAUACCAAAACCUGUUCAAAAGGUGAACAAGUAUACUGGUGAACCAGUUGUUGAAAGUGUUGAAAAACAAGCAUACACACCAGAAGCCAGGGAUUUCCCUGAAUAUAAUCCUACUCCUAUCAAUCAGCUAAAACCUAGUCCACCAAAAUAUAAAACUGACAUUUUAGAUAAUGAGAAUGAGCAAGAGUACGACCCACAGAGUAACUUUUCUACCACAAGUUUACUUAAGCCUUCUCAGCCCCUGGCCAUAAAAAGGUCAUUUACGUAUGAUCCAACCACACCUGACUUUCACCAUCCUGCCAAGAAAGCUAAAGAAGAACAAGAGGUCCCAGUGUCUGAUAAUGAGGACAAAAGCGAUGAUGGAGAGUUGGGAAUGUUCAGUGAAGAUGAAGAAGAAAUGAUAUCUGAAUCGAGGGAAGAUGAUGUAGAUACAAUAGACAAUGAGGAAGAAAACUCAUCAAAGCCCUCGAUGAUUACAGAUGUCAAAGUGUUUGAAAGUUUACUUAUGCCAGUUAUGGAUCAUGAUGAUAGCAAUGAUAGAUUAAGUGAUACAGAAAAGACUUUAUCAGACUCAAAGAAAAAAUUUAAUGAAAAAACAAAACAUGCCAAAAAAUCAAAAACUAGUGAUAAAACUUCAGAUCACAGUAAAAAAUCAUCAAACAGUUCAAUACAAAGAAAUGGGCAUUCUUCAAAGGAGAAGGUGUCAAAAGCAGAAUCUUCAAAAUCUUCUAAAUCAAGUUCAUCCUCAAAAUCAAGAGAACAGUCAUCAUCCAAGCCAUCUUCCAGUAAAUCCUCAGUGAAUGGUCCCAAAAAUUCAUCAGACAAACAAAGUUCCUCUCAUUCAUCCUCCUCUGAUAAAACACCUCACAAGCAUUCUAGUUGCAAAUCCUCAUCUACUUCAUCAUCCUCUUCCUCUAAAAAUAAGUCAUCUGAAAAAGAAUCAUCCAAAAAGCCCAGUUCCUCCUCAUCUUCACAUCAGAAUCACGAACACAGCAAGCAGUCAUCACAUAGUAAAAGCAAACAUGAAACAAACACUAGUAAACAUGAAAAAAGUUCUAGCAAAACUGAGAAAAGUUCUGUCAAACAUGAGCAUCAUAAACAUUCAUCAGAUACAACAUCAAAACAUGACCAUAAAAAACAUGAUUCUGUGUCCAAAAGUUCCAAAGAAGGCCACAGGAACUCUACAGAGAAAGAGAGAAAGAAAAGAGAUAGAUCAGUUUCAUUAGACAGCAAUGGAUCUAGGCGAAAGAUAGUAAACCUGAAUGUGGAUCUGUUUGGAGAAGACAGUGAUGGGGGUCCUUCACUUUUUAGCGAUGAGGAGGAAGAUCCGUAUGAAGAGUGUCUUCGGAUUUACAAUGAGAGCAAUGUUUCUAGACCAUCACCCAAAAAACAACAUAAUGAGAUGAAAUUGAAUGAUGCAGACCAGAGUGAAAGCAUGCAAAUACCAGGGAAGAAGAGGACUGCUCACAUAGGAAGCAAAGAGGUUACAAGAAAGAUCCCAAAAAAGCCCAACAGCAAACUAUCUCCAGCUCAAAUCAUGCACAACCGUUUUGUUCAAAUGCAAAAGCAGGCACAAGAGGAGGCUGGAAGAUCUCAGGAACCAUCAACUUCAUCAGCCAGCCAUUCAAAACAGAGGGUUGCCCAUCAUAGUAAGCAGGCAGGACAGGGGACCAAGAUAGUAGAUGGCAAAACAGUCAUCACUACAGUGUCUAAAACCCAGAAACGUACAGCUCAUGUACCCAAUGUGAAAAACUUGAAGCGACCUACAAUUCCAGCAGAAUAUGGCAGCAAGGUCCCAAUCAGUGUGAGACAAAGAUACUUAAACACCAUUAUUGAUGAAUGUCUACCUCUCUAUCAAAAGGAAGAAGAUGCAUUUAAAAGAGGUCUGGAGGAAGAACUCUCUGUGUAUAAAAGAGCAAGCAACAAAAAUGUGUACCUCAAUGUGGCAUGUAACACGAUCAAACGACUUCGAACUGAGACAGCUGAAUUUUGUUCAUCGCCAACAAAGCCCACUUCUCCUCAGAAAAUGUCCCAUGAAGCAAUGUUGGGUGGGAAAAAUGCCACUAAAACCACUUAUACCCUCAACAGGUCAGGAGGCUCUUACAGGGGGCCUAUGGAAAAUUUUAAAGGUUCUGAACUUUGCAAUCGAUUGUCGAGAUACAUACUGACAGAGGAACAACUUCAGGAGAAUGGUUAUCCCCGACCAGACCCAGAGAACAGCUCUGCAGCAAAGGUGUACACUACCAGUCAACAGGAGCAGAAUAGUGCCAAACUGAAAACAUAUGAAAAAAUCUGUGUUCGAUGUGGAAAGCGCUUCAUGGUUUACCCAAAUGGAACAUAUGCCCACAAAGAAGAGUGUAUUCACCACUGGGGAAAAGCAUGGAAGAAGAAAAUUGCUGGAUACAUUGAAACUAGAUAUACAUGUUGUCAGGGAGAUUUGGGGGCAGAAGGAUGCCAAGUUGCAAAGUACCAUGUGCAUGAAAGCAAUAAGUGGGAGAACCGCAUGGGGUACCUGCGGACCUUUCCAUGUUCCCCCGUACCUGACGGUGACUAUGGAGUGUAUGCCAUGGACUGUGAGAUGGUUUAUACACAAGGUGGGCAGGAACUUGCUCGUGUAACAGUGACGGACUGUGAGAACAACUCGGUGUACGAGACCUUAGUGAGACCAGACAGAAAAGUCAUUGAUUACAACACCAGAUUUAGUGGGAUUACUGCAGAGGAUAUGGAUGGUGUGACUACCACUAUCAGGGAUGUCCAGGCAGUGUUACUUAGUCUGUUCACAGAGAAAACGAUUCUUAUUGGUCAUAGUCUGGAAAGUGACCUUGUAGCUGUCAAGAUAAUCCAUGACACAGUGGUUGACACUGCAGUGGUGUUCCCACAUCGUCUCGGACCACCCUACAAAAGGGCCCUCAAAACACUGAUGGCGGAGUAUCUCAAAAAGAUUAUUCAAGAUGAUGUUGGCGGCCAUGACAGUCAGGAGGACGCGAUAUCUUGCAUGGAGUUGAUGCAGUGGCGAGUUAAAGAGGAUGCUCGCAAGGAACCACGAUGUAGCUGAUUUUUGUAAUGACAAAUCAUAUCAUACCGGGUAUUUUAGUACAGGGAAUUGUGGGACAAGAAGAAAUUGGAUUAUGUACCGGGUAUACAUUUACUAAUACCUAUUAAAUGUAUCCUGGCUGAAGAUGUAAAAGUGAAGGCGGGUAAACUAUGUAAAUUAAGUGUGAUCUAUGUGCAGAAUGGUGAUUGAGGAUGUUGAUCUUUUGUUGAGUAAAAGUAUGCAUGUUGUUCUCUUAUUCUAUUCAGUUAUUGCAUUGAAACUAAAACAUGAUAUCCAUAAAACAGGUGUUACAUAGUAUACUUGUUUUUGGAUUUGUAAAAUCUAUGUAUAAUUAUCUUGCAUUGUUAGAAGACAUAUGCAUGCACUUUAAAAUUGAAAUGACAAUGCACUUGUAUUUUUUCAUGUGCUUUGUUUGAUAUAUUGUGUAAGGACAGUGUCCUAUUAAAAAUUGAAACUAUUCAAUUUCAAGCACAUGUAAAGGAUUUUACAUGAAACUCUUUAUAUUUUUUUCUCAAUGGGCAUUUGCUACAUUUUAAGAUGUCUGGUCAUUAACUAUGUGGCAAAGUAUACCUUUAAAUUAAAAAAAAAUGUUUUAAGCAGAAGCAUAUGAUAUGAAACUUUUCUAAUGUUUGCUAGAAUGAGAAACAAGAAUCUUAGCAACAAACAUAUACCUGGGUAGUAUUGGUGCUGUCUCAGCCUUUUAGUUUUGUGUUAUUAUCUUUACCCAGUCAGUUAAAACUGGGAUAUGAUCUUCGUUUUGAUAACAUACAUGUAUGUGGUAUAUCAUUCUUUUGAUAAUCUGAUGAUGAUAUAUUACUACCUAUAAAAAGUGGUAUGAUAUAUGUGAUAAAACUUUCAGGAUUUUUUCAGAUUUAUAAAUUCAUUAGCACUGCCAAGUACAUGUACUUAACUUUAUUUGCAUUUCAGUUGGAUGCAGGUUAUCAGUUUUCUUUUGCAUAACAAAUCAUGAAGAAACAUGGUGUAAUGUUUCUGACAAUGUUGUACAGGUAUUGUGGUCCAAACACAAGUACUUGUAUUUUGGUUUGAUAUACUUUGUGAUGCAGUGCAGCACAUGUUGUAACUUGCUUGAAGUUUCUUUAUAAGUUUGCGAGGUUCUUAAUGUGAGUAGUUUUCUAUAAUUUAUAGGAGAACAUUGUAGUAGACCCCUGGACCAAGUAAGAUCCAUGAGGUUCAAGUCAGUUACUUUUCUGGUGUCCUUUGAUGCCGUUCAUAGAAGACCUGGCCCAGGGGCCAUAAAAUUUAGACAAGCUCACUUUUGAUGUGUCUCACUUUUACACAAGAAAGAUAUAGUGGAAAAGUAAGACUGAGCUCGUCUAAUUCACUUUAGAUUUCAUUCUCACUUUUAAACUUUGUAUUAUGUUUGUAAAAGUGAGACAGAGAUAAAAAGUGAGCUUGUCUAAGUAUUAUGACAUUGGGCCUGUUGUGGAUCGCUAUCUUAUCUCUCCUUCUAUCUUCUUUGGGCUGCUGCUUUGAAUCCAAGGAAUGUUGAUUGUAUGUCUGUUAUUAUCGUAUCUAUUGAGAUUAUUGUAUUGGUGCCAUUAAUAUAAAUGAUAGGCUGUUUUAUACAUUGUCAAUGGAAAAAUAUGUUUCAUGUCAAGUUGAUGUGUCAAAUAAAACUUGUUAAAGACA